AUGAUGCGUGCAAUAUUGUCCAAAUCGACCAACUUAGCGAGACCGCUUGCUUCAGCGACCCUAUCCCUCAGAAGUUCGCGAGCAUAUGCAACUCUUUCCCCUCAUACCCCACCACCAACAAAACCUUACGAGGUAUUCGAUGAGUUAUCUAAGGAAAGGCAGAAAGAUCGGGCAAUCAGACGAUUGACAGAGGAUGGCGAGCUCUCACAGUCGAUAGAACCUAAUGACCAAAAUCCUGUCAAAGUUGUUGACUACCUGAGGGAUGAGAUCGCUGAGCGACUAGCAGAGCGGAUCGAGGAUCUGAGGAUACCGCCUGCAUCAAUAUUAGAGCUUGCGGCACAUUCUGGUCAGUUAACUCAGAUACUGCAGGAAGUCAUAGCGGAUGAAGUACCGUCAUCAUCGGAGAGACAAGAUAAGCAGAGUGAGAGGAGAAAGUGGUGGUUAGUGGAAUCGAGUAAGGAGGCUUUGCAUCGUGAUGAUGACUCUCAGUUUCCCUCUCCUCCUACACGUAUACAGGCUUCACCAUCUUACUUGUUAGAAAAUCCAGAAAUCGGGAAACUGAAAGACCAGGUAGAAGCUGUAGUCAGUGGAGGUGGUCUACAUUGGGUGGGAGAUAUCGUUGGUGCACUCACGCAGAUACGCCAUGUCCUCAAACCCGAUGGUGUCUUUGUUGGAGCUGUACUAGGAGGUGAUACAUUGUUCGAGCUCAGGACUUCUUUGCAACUGGCAGAACAAGAGCGUAGAGGAGGAAUUUCUAACCGUGUAUCACCUAUGAUCAAUCCUACCGAUGCUCCAUCGCUGUUAAAUCGAGCAGGCUUCACUACCACUACUGUGGAUGUGGAGGAUAUGAUUAUCAACUACCCGUCAAUAUGGGAGUUGAUGUCAGAUUUACGAGAUAUGGGAGAAAGUAAUGCUAUACUCGGAAGAAGAGCUCAAGUAUCAAGAGAUGUUCUUCUGGCGGCGGAAUCGAUAUACAAAGAAUUGUACGGUACUGAGGACGGUGCAGUCCCUGCUACUUUCCAGAUCAUUUUCUUGAUUGGAUGGAAACCAGGACCCAAUCAACCCAAAGCAUUAGAAAGAGGAUCCGCUGGCACAAGCCUUAAAGAUGUCUUAUGA